GUCAGCUCUCCGCUGCUCAGUGUCGCUCGGACUCUGUUGUGAAACACUCACACUUCAGGAUUACUCCAAAGGAAGCCUUCAAAACAGAUAUUCUCUAUUCUCUGAACUCUCAGACUAAAGGAAUAAUCUUGAAGAAGUGGAAGCGUUGUGGUUUUGCUCCUGUGAAGAUCAAGUGUGGUUUUCUGAGCUACAAACUACCGUCUGCGUUCCUCAGAACAUCCCCGAUGAUCAGAGCGCAGAUGGAUCUAAACUGCGCCAUGUCUCUUCUGGUCUUUUGCACCCUCAAUGAGCUGCUUGUAGUGGCGACCCCUGAAGACGACUUGCAGGAGCAUCUGAACCAUCGUGGCGAGCAUCGGGCGACACAGAAUCAAAUCACCACGGCCCAGUACGAGUGUUUCCAGAGGAUGCUACAAGAUUCCCACCGCCGAACCAAAGCUAUCGGGCCAGUGUGCAACACCACGUGGGACGGGUGGCUUUGCUGGGAUGAAACUGAAGCUGGACCAACAGAGCAGAGCUGUCCAGACUACUAUAAAGAUUUUGAUCCUCAUGCAAUGGCCUCAAAGGUGUGCUCAGAAACAGGCGAGUGGGGACGCCACCCCGAGAGCAACCGGACGUGGACCAACUUCACAAACUGCCAAGCCAACACAACGCAUCACGGGAAGGCGGCAAUGACUCACUUCUACCUGGUCAUGAUUGGUCACGGCCUGUCGCUGGUGUCCCUGCUCAUAUCGUUAGCAAUAUUCUUCCAUUUUAAGAGUCUGAGCUGCCAGAGGAUAACGCUCCACAAAAACCUCUUCCUCUCCUUCGUGCUGAACUCCAUCAUCACUGUUGUCUGGCUUACAACCGUGGUGAAGAAACAGGGUCACACGUACAACGAUUCUGCCAGCUGCAAGCUGCUCAUGUUCAUCCACCUGUACCUGCUGAGCUGCAACUACUUCUGGAUGCUGUGCGAGGGCAUCUACCUGCACACCCUGAUCGUGGUGGCUGUGUUUGCAGAAAAACAACACCUCAUGUGGUACUACCUGCUGGGCUGGGGUUUUCCUCUGGUGCCAGCAGUGAUUCAUUCCAUAGCGCGCUACUCCUUCUACAACGACAAAUGUUGGGUCAGCUCAGAUACUUCCUUGCUGUACAUUGUCCAUGGCCCCACCUGCGCAGCUUUGGUGGUGAAUCUCUUCUUCCUGCUGAACAUCGUGCGGGUUCUCAUCACGAAGCUGAGAGUGACGCAUCAGGCCGAGUCCAGCCUCUACAUGCGUGCGGUGAGGGCCACACUUAUCCUCAUCCCCCUGCUGGGCAUCCAGUUUGUGCUGCUCCCCUACAAGCCCCAAGACCACUGGGUCUCUGAGGUCUACCUGUACGUCACGGAGAUCCUCAUGCAUUACCAGGGUCUCUUGGUUUCCACAAUAUUCUGCUUCUUCAACGGAGAGGUUCAGAGCGUCCUGCGAAGGAACUGGAACCAGCAGCGGAUGCAGUUUGCCGGCACAUUCGCCAACGCCGAGUUCUUCCGCUCUGCCUCCUACGUGGCGUCGUCGCUCACCGAGGUCCACCGCUGCUACAGCAUUGAGAGCCACACCGAGCACAUGAACGGCAAGAGCUACUCCGACAUCUUCAGAUCGGACAGCCCCUUCGUGUGAAGGACGUGCGUGAGACUCACCGUUUCUCCGACCUCUACCAAGACAUCACCAAGAACGACGUCUUUUUGGGAGUACUACCGUUCAUGGGAAAAGAAUACAAACUUAUCGGUGUUUUUUUUUAUUAUUAUCUCUCAGCCAAAAAAACUAACCGUUUUUACCCUUUUUCACAAAUAUUACCAAAACAGAAGGAGCUUGACACCCUACAAAUAUUAAAAGGACUAUUUUUGGACGAAGGGAAGAAUAUAACGGUGUCACUGAAGCAUCAACAUUAAAAAGGAUUUAAUGCUUUUUUCCCAUCGUGUGGAUUAACUUGAAGAUACUAUUUUAACAUGGGUGGUUGGUUCCAUGGAAAGGUUAUGCACGAAAACCCUGUUGAACCAAGUUUCCAGAUGUGAAAAAGCAUGUCAGGUGUUAGUUAUCAGCACAUCACUUGUCGUCAGUUAGCAGGAGUUAGCUGGCGAACUUGAAAUAACAAACAUAAGAUGAAAAGUAAAACUUUAUGCCAAUCGGUCAAGAACAUAAAAGAAGAAGCAUUCUUCUUGUUGUCAGAACGACACACAAAUAAAGCAAAUAAUCAGCUUCCUUGCUUUGCUAAAUUUCAUUCAUGCUUUUUAACUACUUUUAAUUGAAAGCAUACUCAGAGUUUUCUAUUUAUGUCCUUAAUCUAGGUAGAAAAUAAUUAGGUUAAUGACAAACUCAGAAACAUAAGCUGAACUACUAGACUGUUGUUCCUCAUAUCUGAUAUUCCAAAAUGCUGGAGAGUCACAGAAGAAAAUGUCUUGUAUGAAUAUGACAUAUAAAGCCUUAAGUGAACUUUAUAUAUUUUCCAGAACUUUGUACAGUACUUAUAUUACGUCUUUAAUGUCCACAGACUGCAACUGGUUACUCACUGUAUAAUCAGCAGGAACUGAAAAGAGGAUUGACUGAGAAGACAAAGUUUGUCUCCUCUAGUAAAAAAAAAAAGAAGUUUCCGUUCGAUUGAAGAGCUGCUGGUUUCAGCCUUUCAAAACAGGAAGUAAACGUUUUCACUUGUCGAGGUUUGGAUGAGAGGAUCAAAACCUGACUUUUGUGUCUGUUUACUAACAAUGAGCUUAGCUUAGCUUAGCAUAAAGACCAGGAACUAAACCUUUAAAUAUGCAGCACUGAAUAUGUUAUAAUGCUAAAAAAUAACUAAAUUUACAAAACACUAUCUCUACAACAACUUCUAAACGGCUUGAUGUCGCGUGUGUUGUAUUUAGCUAGAAAAUAUACUUUAAAUACAAACCUGUGCUCAACACACAGUCAAUAUUUAUUAUACGUUACACUGGACAUGUAGUGUGUGUGACACUGUUCUAAUAGAUUGUUUUUCUGGCUUUGAUGGGUUCGAAAGACUGGAAAAGCGCUGUAUAAAUGACAUCCAUUUAACAUCUGCCGUUGAGUAUGCAAAGUUAGCUUAACUAACUAAAUUAUCUUAGCAUAGCAUACAGAGAAAGCAAUUUCUCCAAAGAAAACACUUAAAAAGAUUCUAGCUUGGGUUUUUCCACACACAGAAUCUCAAUAAUAAAAUGGCUUUGUAUUAACACAGGCUACUUUGAAAGGAGAUGGAAAUAUAUGAUCUAAAAUAUUCUAAAUCAAUCAUUUGAAUCACAGCCGUGUGUGUUUUAAUGUGCUGUCAAACACAAUCAUUCUGAAUCUCAUUUUUGUAUCAUAGUUCUGUCAAUAAAUGCUUGUUAAUAGUGAAGGAAUAAUGCUGUAAAUAAAAACAAGCUGUUUUAAACUGA